AUGGAGCUGUGUGGGCGUCAGAAGGUCGUCCAGCGCAAGAUGGUGCUGCUCGGCGACGGUGCCUGCGGCAAGACUUCGGCGCUGAACGUGUUUACAAGAGGAUUCUUCCCUACGGUUUAUGAACCUACGGUCUUUGAAAACUACGUCCACGAUAUCUUCGUCGACAAUGUACACAUGGAACUUUCGCUAUGGGAUACGGCCGGCCAGGAGGAAUUCGACCGAUUGCGCGCGCUAUCCUACGAGGACACACACGUGCUCAUGCUUUGCUUUAGCGUGGACAGCCCGGACUCGUUCGAGAACGUCGGGUCCAAGUGGAUCGCCGAGAUUAAUGAGAAUUGUCCCGGCGUGCGGGUGGUUCUCACGGCGCUCAAGUGCGAUUUGCGCAAAGACGACGAGAUGAACGAUAACCCCGGCGUGAUCUCGUUUGACCAGGGCCUGGCCAAGGCAAAGGAGAUUGGUGCAGUCAAGUACUUGGAAUGCUCUGCUGUCCAAAAUCGCGGCAUCAGAGAAAGCUUCUAUGAGGCGGCCAAGGUCGCCCUCGAGGUCAAGCCUGUCGGAUCCAAGGGCUCGAGGUCGUCAUGUGUAAUCCUCUGA